UUGUCAUGACAACAGUUUGUGCUUUCUGUCAACUGUGCAACUUUUUAAUUCCAGUGUUUGCAAACAACGACAUAAUAUGAUAUGAUGAGUGUUUCAUUUACAUCAAAGGCAUCUUACGGCGGCUGCAGAUAUGACAAAACCCAAAAAUGCUGUCGUCUGCCUAGAAAAAUAAUAGCCUCGAAACAAAUAUCUAAGGACGCUUCAACGAAAUCUAAAACAUGUUCUGAAAGUGCCGUGAGUACGAAGUCUGUUAUAAAACCGAAGAAAACUGCGAAAUCAGACUCGAAUUUUGCUAGUAAUAAAUGCCCUACUAUGCCCAUUAGUAUCUGCGAGAAAUGUGGUGAUUCUAUAAACCCUAAUUCAAGCAGCGAAGAAAAUAAUAAACAUAACAUACUUUAUACUCUUAAAAGCAACAGAAAAUACUAUCAAGAUGAAAAGAUAUCGUCCAUCGAGCAAUUCUACAAAAACACUAAUUUCGAACAAUCAGCGACAUCUAUCCGCGAUGAACGAAACCACAACAAAAACUAUUUGGGCACCAUAUCUGAAACACCCGAAUUUUGCAUUACAUCAAAUCGUGAUCUAGAAGAUUCUAUGGUUAAAUUCUACUCCAACGACGAUAAAAUAUUUUUAGACACCGACAAACCGGAGAUUAUAGAAGAAUUGAAAGAAUUCAGGAAUAAUAAUUAUUUUGAGUGCCAUUCCUCCAAAUCGAGGAUAAAAAACAGAGGAAGCGCCACAUCGCUAAAAGACCACGAAUGCGUUUACAGGUUUUACUUAAACGAAAGACUAUAUCCGGAACCGUUGAAUGCGGAUUAUAAGAACACGAUCAGAUGCGUGCAGUGCCAUCUGCCGAUGGAGAGUCGAAGUGAUUCGAAAGAAAAAAUUAAUGGAACAUUGCAAGCUAAAGUGAGUCUUGGCGGGGAAUUGAAUGACGUAAUGCUGCUAUUACCCGCCAAAGAGCCUUUGAUUAUUAAAGAAAGGAGAAGGGAAGAGAAAAAACCUACAGAACCAAUAUAUUUCGGGGUGAUAAAAUUCGGUUUUGGACGAAAUUCGAAUAUGAAAUCGGCAUACGAAAGCAAUUCGCUGGCUUUGAAAUACCAGAAAGGAUAUCAAGAGUUUGCUGCUAAAACCUGUUGUAGAUACAAAAACAUCGAUGAUAAUGAUGUUUUGGUUUUGUGAAAUGCUCGGAAGUUUGUUUAGGAAAGCUGUGCUUAUCAUUUUUUUUUUUUUUUUUUUUUCGUUUACAAUGCAUUGCGAACUUUGCAAAAUGCAUUAAACAAUCUUAUUUAAA